AUGGAGACCAUGGAGACCGCAACCACCCUCGUCGACAAGGAGAUCUCCAUCAAAGAGAUGCUAAAGAGCUUCCUGACAGAUGAAGCUCUGAAUGAUGUGACACUCAAGGGAACUGAUGAAGUGGAGGUACCAGCAAACCGGUUCCUUCUCUGUGCUAGAAGUCAGGUUUUUAGGGGAAUGCUUUUGGGCAAGUUUCAAGAAGCUUCCUCUCCUGUUGUAGAGCUUGGCUUCAAAGGAGGCACCUUGAAAGCUGUUGUGGAGUAUAUGCUUACAGAUUCUGCAGAUAUGCUGAGUUGCAAGAAAAGCGAGAACCCAGACGUCGACCAAAUUUCUGUUGAUUUCCCUCUCAUCCCGUCCCUGGUUUCUUUGGCUGAAGCUGCAUCAUACUUCCAGCUUCCGAACCUGGCAAAAUUAGUCCUGAAAAAAUUUGAGCAAAUGUGUGAAGUAGCACCAGGGUUGUCAUUUGCGAUCCUUCAGGCCUGCAAAGUGGCUGGACCUUCCAUUCCGGUGGGUAUUGCAGACAAAAUUAUGGCCCGAGUUCGAACCACUCCAUUUGAAUUAAUCACCAAGGAGCAUGUAGACUGUUUGAGUGCCGAUAUCCUCAAAGAGAUACUCACAGACAAACAAAUGGAAAAAACAGAAUACCAGCUGUUUCAGAUCCUGGACCUAUGGGCACAAGGCAAGAAGAGUGAAUGUAGCAUCAUUGCAAACGAGCUUUCCCGGCACAUCUCUUUUGAAAAGAUAAACCCAGAAGCUUUAGCAACAACAGUCACCAAAUCAGGUUUGGUUUCAUCUGAGCAGCUGUUGGAAGCGUUUAAGCAGCAGGCCCUAGAAAUGUAUAAGGCGUCCCUAUGUGCAACCUUUGACCGCGCUCGAUGUCCAUGGUUGGAAGUGUUGAUUCCAAGUAGGGGAUUGCCAAUGGAGAUCAAAGUGGAAGGAGCUGGUGCUGAAGGUGUCAAUGGUGUUUAUUUUCAAGAUGGGUCAUUCAAUGGCAAAUGCAAGUACAGCAAGGAAGGGGUGUACGAAGGGAAUCCCUGCGUAUUCUGGCUGUUUUCCGACACUUGGUGGUAUGUAUCAAUCCCUGAUGAGAAUUUUCCAGGAAGUACUACAGACAAGGACUUCUAUCGCAGCGCGACGGAUCAUUUUGAGGAAAAUGAGCUUCCUGCACCAAGCACAGUGUGGGAAAUAGAGGAUUAUGGAAUAGAACCAACUCCCCAAUUGAAAUACAGAUAUCCUUGA